CCGGGGGGGGCCAUGGACGCCUGUCGGGAGCGUCUGUCGGGGGUGGAGGCGGUGCUGCUGGACAUCAGCGGGGUGCUCGUCGACGGCGCCCACGGAGCCCUCCGCCCCAUCCCCGGAGCCCAGCGCGCCGUCAGUCGGCUGAAACAAUCCCGGCUGAAGCUGCGAUUCUGCACCAACGAGUCCCAGAGGCCUCUGGGCGCAUUUGUGGCGAUGCUGCAGCAUCUGGGAUUUGACAUCUCUGAGAGCGAAGUGACGGCUCCCGUGCCGGCCGUGUGUCACCUCCUGGAGGAACGCCACCUGAGGCCGCACCUGCUCGUCCACGACGCUGUCCGCCCUGAGUUUGACCGGAUCGACAGAACCAACCCAAACUGCGUGGUGGUCGCGGACGCCGGCGAAGACUUUUCUUACCAGAAAGUCAAUGAGGCUUUCCGAGUCCUCAUGAGCCUGGAAAACCCCGUUCUUCUGUCCCUGGGGAAAGGGCGUUUCUACAAAGGGACGGAUGGACUCCAGCUGGACGUUGGCCCCUUCGUGAAGGCGCUGGAGUACGCCUGCGACAUCCACGCCGAAGUGGUGGGGAAACCGACUCCUUGGUUUUUCCAGUCGGCGCUGCGGGACCUGGGAGUCGAAGCCAGCCAGACCCUCAUGAUCGGAGACGACAUCGUGAGCGAUGUUGGCGGGGCCCAGCGCUGUGGCAUGAGAGCGCUCCAAGUCCGGACGGGAAAGUUCAGGCCCCGUGACGAGCGGCACCCCGACGUGAAGGCCGACGGCUACGUGGACGACCUCGCCGAGGCAGCAGAUCUGCUCCUGCAGCACCUCCCCCGGGCGUGAUGCCGGGCCCUGGACCUUCCCGCUCCCCUUAGCCUCCCCGGCCUCCCUGACCUCCGGCUCCAUCGUUCCCCUAGCCUCCCUGACCUUUAGCCUCCCUGACCUCUGGCCUCCCCAACCCUCGAUCUCUCUGGUCCCCCAGCCUCCCUGACCUCUGACCUCCUCGGUUCCCCCAGCCUCUCCAACCCCAGGUCUCCCUAGCCUCCCCAACUUCUGGUCUUCCUGAUCCCCCCGGCCUCCCCCAUUCUCCCUGGCCUCUCCAAUCUCCUCCCGCCUGCCUGCCUCUGUCCUCCCAGGUCUCUACAGGCCCUCAGCCCCCCAAGUCCCUGGAUGAGCACAGGACUCAGCGCAUAGUCCGCACUUGGUUCGCAGCCCCACGAUGUUCACCGUUCUCCGUUCGUGACUGGCUGCCGCAGGCUGCCCUGUCCCAGGCUGCACCCUCCGGCCCGCCCCCACCCCCCCACCCCCCCGCCCC